AUGCCGUUUAAAGAAUCACCCGAAGAUUCUUUGGGUGAGUCAUUUUACAGUGCACGCGGAAGAUUCUUGAACCUUGAGAAGAAAUUAUCUAAAAAUUUAAAUUUUAAACAAAAAUACGUUGACUUUAUUAAAGAAUAUCAGGAAUUGGGACAUUUAUCAGAGUUUGAUCGACCUUCAUUCGGUUUUUAUUUACGUCACCAUGCGGUAGUACGUGAGGAAAAGGAAACUACAAAAGUGAGAAUCGUGUUCGAUGCGUCUGCUAAAUCAUCUUCUGGAAAGUCACUAAAUGAUAUCCAAUUAGUAGGGCCUGUAGUUCGGAGCGAUUUAUUUGAAAUUUUAUUGCGUUUUCGUAUACAUAGAUUUGUAUUAACUGGGGACAUUGAAAAAAUGUAUCGGCAGAUAGAAAUAGAUAACUCUCAACGGCAUUUACAGCUUAUCUUGUGGCGCGAAGAUGAGGAACAGCCUCUCAAAAUAUUAAAAUUAAACACUGUCACUUACGGUAUGGCUUCUGCUCCUCAUUUGGCCACUAGAUGUCUCUUGUAA